AUGAACCUAGAGUUCUCUGAUGAAGAUGUGAUGGCCAUUGAAGUAAAUGAAUCUAUUGAAGAGUCUUGGAAGAUGUAUUUUGAUGGAGCUACUAAUGCUUUGGGCUAUGUUCUCGCAACUCUUAUCAUAGCCUUCUCGACCCUCGACUCAUGUGGGGAGCACAACUUCAGCUUGGUGCCAACCAAGUCUGGCUGCCAAGGCUUGAUGGCCGAGUGCAUGGCUAACGAUGAGUUUGACAUGGACUCCAAUAGUAACAGACGCACAUUACAAUCCACGCAGUACAUAAGCCAAGGAGCUCUUCAGAAGAAUAUCGUGCCAUGCUCUCGAACAGAAGUACAAUACUGUCAGCCAAGAGAAGAAGCUAACCCUUACAACCGUUGUAAGGCUGCAGCGACAUUACUUGUUGCCGUAGCUGAG